AUGCGCGCCACAACCCUCGUACUCGCCGGCCUCUUGGCCGCCACAGCCGCCGCCGUCGCACUGCCCGGGUCGUCAGAGGACGCUUCGUCUUCCUCGGUCCGCGGCCUCGAGGCGCGAGGCCCUGAAUGUCCGGAGGUCUGGGCGCAGGUCAACGCCGAGCUCAACGGGCUCUUCCUCGACGACGGCGGCCGGUGCACCGCCCUCGCCCGGGGCGCCAUCCGCGCCCUCUUCCACGACUGCGGCACCUGGGACGAGUCCCAAGGGCAGUCCGGCGGCUGCGACGGCUCGCUCCUCAUCGCCGCCGAUCCGGACGUCGAGCUCGACCGGAUCGAGAACAGGGGUCUGCCGGCCGUCGCGGGCACGCUGAGGGACUUGGCCGCGAAGUAUAACACGACUGCGGCGGAUAUGGUUGUCUUUGCCGGGAACGCUGCCAUUUUCCUGUGUCCCGGCGGGCCGAAAGUCACGACCUACAUCGGCCGCGCGGAUAGCACCAAGUCGGCCAAAGCCGGAGGGCUACCCAGCCCCUUUGACCCCCCCGAGACCCUCCUGGGCCUGUUCAAGGCCAAGGGGCUCGACGCCGAGGCCCUCGCCGCGCUGCUCGGCGCCCACAGCACCUCGACGCAGUCCUUCGUCAACGCCUCGCAGGCGGGGGCGCCGCAGGACUCUACGCCGGGAGAGAUGGACGUGGCCUACUACAAGCAGACGCACGACUUUGCCACCUCCGGAGCCGGCGCCGCCCCGGCCGGCAUUUUUGUGUUCCCGUCGGACGCGGGCGUCGCGACCUCGGAGGCCGACAGCGUCGGCCGCUGGUUCCAGAGCUUCAUCGGGGAGCAGGAGAAGUGGAGCGAGAGCUUCAAGAAGUCGAUGGACAGGAUGUCUCUAUUCGGCAACGAUAAGAGCAGCAUGUCGGACUGCACCGGCUCCAUAGCCAAGCUUUGA